AUGCCGCUGGCCGAAGCGAUCAGGGUACUUAAGGCUGUUGAAAUCGCUCGACCGUUGAACGCAUUCGAGCUGCACAUUGUCACCUCUGUUGACUCGCAUCAGUCCAAUUCACUGAGGGGCCGUCUAGCCCUACCACGUGAUCCAAGAACCAAGUCCGAGAAGCUGCUCAUCUUUGCCGAAUCAGGUUCGCCAGCUGCUCAAACCGCGCUUAAUGCAAAGUCAGCAGCAGCUUCGGAGAGUGAAAUCAUUAUUGGCGGCGGGGAGAUUAUCAAUGAUGUGCUUUCAAAUCGCAUCUCAGGCUUUAGCAAGGUGCUCGCAACGCCAUCGCUGAUGCCACAAAUCAGCAAGGAACUGGCGAGAAGCCUCGGUCCUCGUGGCUUGAUGCCCAGCGCAAAGAGAGGCACCGUUGCUGCAACUGCAGAAGAGAUGCAGCAGGCUAUUCAAGAGGCCAAAGGGGCGAUGGACUGGAGAGGGGAUAGACAAGGCGUUGUUCGAGGCGCCGUUGGACGCAUUCAUUUCACUCCGGAGGACCUCAAGCGGAACAUUACCUCUUUCCUGCUUGCCAUUGUCGACAAGGUAUCUGGCGGAGCUGGCACCACUUCUGCAAUUUUCUCUGGCUCUGCAGCUGCUGCCGAGGCCCGCGAUCCCAAGAAGAGCGCCGCCAUGAUGCGGAGAGCCUCGGGUGUCAUCAAGCAAGUGCACCUGUCUUCCACCCAAGGGCCUGGCAUUCUGGUCAAACUUCCAGAAUUGAUCUGA